AUGGCUUCAGCAGCCCGAUCACUGCGGCUCGCAUGCCGCAGCUGCAGGAGCCAAAGGCCUAUCCAAAAUGUUAGUCCAAGAAUCUUUGUCGCGUGGAAGUCAGUAGGUGGCGGCGCCAUCAAGGAGGUCAAGGAAUCCAGCACCGAUGGCCAGAAGCCCACCCCUUUCGACCACUGGGGCCAAGAAGACAUAGAAGAGGACCAGAAAUACCGAAACAUGAAGGCUAGCGACAUCGCGAAGGAAAUCUUCAGCGAGGAGGAGCGCGAAAUGUUUGGCGACCUCGCCUCCGAGCUGGCUAGCAUCGGCGACACCGAUAUCCGCAAGGAGCAAGACGCCGCGCGAGAACUGGCGAGGCCGCUGAGGACGGUGGUCAAGCCCAGGCGGGACGCGUUCUGGGACGAGGACGAGGACGACAAGGACCUCAUCAGCAACGACGACAGCGACGAGUUCGACGAGAACGACAUGACCGAUAUCGCACACGCAAAACUGGAGGAACACAGGGAGCAGAGAGCGUAUGCCCGCCUGGCUAUAUGGGAGAUGCCCUUGUUGUCCCAAUUCGCUAAACCGUUCGAGCUCCCAACCAAGGACCAGCCGCUGCGAUUCCGAUACACCUCAUAUAUGGGCGAAUUCCACCCUGCGGAGAAGAAGGUGGUUGUCGAGUUCAGCCCGGAGGACUUUGGGCUCACUGAGGUCCAACAGAUGAAGUUGAGGAAGUUGGCCGGUCCGCGGUACAACCCGGAGAAGGAGACCAUCAAGAUGAGCUGCGAGUCGUUUGAACACCAGGCUCAAAACAAGCGUUACUUGGCGGAGCUGGUCGAGAAGCUGGUCACGGAGGCAAAGGACCCGAAAGACACAUUUGAGGACAUACCGCUCGAUCUGAGACAUCACACUUUCAAGGUCAAGCCAAAGUUUCCAAAAGAGUGGCGACUGUCAGAGGAGAGGGUUACGGAAUUGACGAAACAACGUCGGCAGGCGGCACUCGCGGACAAGAUAAAGCAGGAAGAGGGAACAUUGGUGGAUGGUAUUCAAACGAUCCAGCAAGCCAUGGCUACGAGGAAAGCGAGGGAAGAGGUGCCUGAAUUGUAG